AUGGUGCAAAGUGACAAGAAGCAAUGGAAGGCCUAUGGUGGAUCGAAUGAAACGAAUAAUGCUAAUGAUAGACAGCCUCUCUCUCCACCUGACGACUUUUUAUCUGUAUCUCCGUCACCGAUUGGGCACUCCGCCAGAAUGCGUCAUCUCUCAGAGGCACACUCUGGAUCUGAAACUGAUGCUGAUGAUUUUGUUCUUUUGGAUUCAAUAUCGAAAAGAACGCUUUUUGAUCUCAUCGGUGCUUUGAAUGUAGCAUAUCCUGACUACGACUUCAGUGAUGUGAAGAGCAACUGCUUUUCUUUAAUACCAGGCGCUGAGAUCGUUAUGGAAGCAGUAGACAGUAAAUUCUUUGCAACUGUGAAUAAUUAUUCGACAAUUCGGGAGGAACUGUGGCAUGCGAUUGAAGAUGAGAUUGAA